AGGAAAUCACUGUGACGUUUGUGUUCAAUAUUACCGAGUCCCAAUCCCUUGCUGGUGAGAAGCUGAUUUGUUCUGGGUGUGCCCCUUCUGUCUUCACUUCAUCUGUUCAUGAUGUAUGGGCUGCUAUGCGAAAGUCUACAUGACUUCAUCAAAGAAUCGUAUGGGGAUGAUGUGUGGAAGCUCGUCCGGGAACGAGCUGAUGUCAGGCUGCACUCCUUUGUAACGCACGAGGUUUACAGUGAGAGUGUGAUUCCUCGAAUUGCCAUGGCAGCCAGUGGGGUCACUGGGACUCCCUACAGUGAUCUGAUGAACUCGUGGGGAGUUUACUUCCUGGGAUUUGUGGGGAAGUAUGGAUAUGACAGGAUCCUGAAGGUUCUGGGCAGACACGUGCGUGACUUUGUGAACGGUUUGGACAAUCUUCAUGAGUACUUACGCUUCAGCUACCCCAAGGUCCAGCCCCCGACUUUCUUCUGCCAGGAGGAAUCAGCCACAGGAGUCACCCUUCACUACAGGAGCAAACGGAAAGGAUAUCUUCAUUACGCCAUGGGACAGCUACGACAGAUGGGGAAGCAAUUCUAUGACACGGAUAUCCACGUGGAGGUGCUGUCGGAGCAGUUGGUCGGGGACUACUCACAUGUCACCAUGAGGUUGAAUUUUGAUAACUCAGCUUACCGAUACAUUCAGAAGGAGGAUACCGAUGAGGAGGAGAUGUUAUCCUUCACCAGUGAUUUCUUCUUUGAGGUUUUCCCCUUUAACAUUGUCUUCAGGCAGGAUAUGGUUGUUCACAAUGUGGGAUCUGGUUUGGCGACAGUAUUCCCAGACCUUGAUGGCAAGAUGAUAACGGAUGCUUUCCUGCUGGCACGGCCUCUUGUUGAGUUCACCUGGAACAUGAUCAUCUCCCACCCAAACAAUCUGUUUGAGAUCAUCUCGAAAGAGCCAGUGAAAAGAGAAAGGAACCUACACAACAGAGUGCAGAAUGCUGAUUAUGAGAAUGGUCCUCGAGCUGCUGAUGCGAGUGUGCUGCUCAUGGCCUUCCAAUCAAUUGUUGGUGACGAUUAUAAAGAUGGGAACAGUUCCAGUAUGCUGGAGAGCUGUGGGGAUGGCAGCCGCUGCCUCAGGCUGAAGGGGCAGAUGAGAUUCAUGUCAGAGUGGGAAUCGAUCAUCUUCCUGGGAACCCCUGUAAUGGAGAGUCUGGGUGCUAUGUUUAAGACAGGAUUGUACAUCAAUGACCUCAGUAUGCAUGAUUCGAGCCGAGACCUGGUUCUUGCUGGCACCCAGCAGUCAGAGGAACUCAAGAGAGCUCUCAUCCAGGAACAGAAAAAGUCAAGCAAACUUGAGGAGAGCAUGAAAAUGCUGGACUAUGAGAUGAAGAAGACAGAUGAUCUCCUGUAUCGGAUGAUUCCGAAACCUGUUGCUAAGAGCCUUCAGAAAGGAUUGCCUUCUGUUAACACUUGUGAGGUAUUCCCAGAUGUCACUAUCCUGUUCAGUGAUGUGGUUGGUUUUACUCGGAUUUGCAGUCAUAUUACUCCGAUGCAAGUGGUUUCUAUGCUGAACACGAUGUAUACACUGUUUGAUACCCUGAGUGAGAAGCACAGAGUCUUCAAGGUGGAGACAAUUGGCGAUGCAUACAUGGUAGUUGCAGGAGUCCCAGAAAAAACCAAAUAUCAUGCCCACAACAUCUGUGACAUGGCUCUAGACAUGGUUCGGUCAAUAGAUCACCUCAAAGAUCCAUCCACUGGGAAUAAUAUCCAAAUCCGUGUUGGUGUCCACUCUGGGAUGGUAGUGGCAGGUGUGGUGGGUCACAGGAUGCCACGUUUUGGACUGUAUGGAGACACUGUCCACUCAGCAUCAGCCAUGGAGAGUAAUGGCAAGGAGAUGCACAUACAGUUGAGUGGCGCCACCUACGAGCACCUUAUAGACAGCCCAUUCAUCUUUGAGCGACGGGGCAUGAUAACUAUAAAGGGGAAUGUGGAGAUUGAAACAUACUGGCUGAAAGGGAAGAGGGAUAAGGAUGGGAAUGCACAGGCAGCCUGCCCACAGUUUGACACUCAAGCAAUCAGCAUGACAACACUAACACCAGAAUCAUCGCUGGGUGGAAAGCGGGAGUUGAUAAAUCCAACCAACAUUUUGGAUGAUGAGGAACUUGUUCACUCUGAACACUCUCAGCGAGGGGAAAUGGUUACAUCAACAGCAUCACUGGGAAUGUCAAUGCAGGGAAUCAGCACUGACGAGGAUUCUUUCACAAAGAACCAUUACAAAGAGUCUUUUGUGGAAAAUGAUCCAGAGGCUCUGACCCAUCAACAGGAAGAUACCCACUCUGAUGCAAAACUGGACCCAUGUGUGGCUCCCUUAUCCACCUCUCAGAAUGGUACAAUACCCAGGACACCAGUCUGCCAACUCCUCUAAACCCUCACAAUAUUUCAAGAUGGAACCUUCUU